AUGGCCGACGAUCAGCAAUAUCAGCAUGACCAGCAGCCUCUGCAUCCGCAGCCGCAGCACGACGGGCAGGCCGCAACGCCGCACGACGAGCAGGACAUGCACAUCGGCGAUGCCGACGGCACUUCCGACGCCAUGACGGGCGCCGCCGCGCUCGAGAGGCUCGCGGCGGCCACCGCGGCCGCUUCGGCGCACCACCACCACCAGCAGCCCGACGCCAACGCGCCGGAUAUGCCGCAGCCCCGCCUCGAGGACGUCAGCGCCGUCAUCGCAGCGGCUGCGGCCAACGGCGCGUUCGCCGCCGCCGCCGACCACGGCGCGCAGCACGAUGUCGACGGCGCGCACAUCCACGACCAAUCGAAUGCGAUGGACAUCGACGAGCCCGGAGCUACGCAGGUGCAGACCGAAGUCAACGGCGGAGAGGAUCGUGGAAACAUCGAACAGGCCGUGGCCAUCCCAGCGUCGGAGGAGCCGCAAGCCAACGCCGACGUCCCGGGCACGCCACCGGUGGCCUCUGACCAUGCUGCCCCGACGACCAAAAUUGAGGGACAGGCGGACACCGAUGGCAGCCAGCAGCAGCCGGACCCGCAGCCGCAAACCCAGCAGCAGGAACAGCAGCAGGAGCAGCAGCAGCUCGACGGUCACUCGCUGGAGCAGUCGCAGCCGCAGUCGCAGCCGCAGCCGCAGCCGCAACAGCAGCAAUCCGCCGAUGGGACCGCGCAGCCGCAGCACGGCGACCAGGAACCGCGCGUCCGCAUCGCCAGCGAAGCCGACGGCACGCCUUCGAGGGAGGCCACCGACGAUGCCGGCGCCUCGACCUCGGCCGAUGCCUCGACCAGCACGCCUCGGCCCAAAAAGGAGAGGGCCAAGCCCAAGCCGCGCUCCAAGUCGGCCACCAAGAUCACGCGCUUCCGCAAGAUCACCAGCUGCCUCCAGUGCCGAGAGAAGAAGCAAAAGUGCGACCGCGUCAAGCCCGUCUGCGGCAACUGCCGAGAGAAUCCGGGCGACGACCCCUGCCACUUUAUCGACGAGGAGCAGCGUCGGCCCACUUCCGAGGAACGCGCCGCCUCGCAGCACAUUGCCGUCGACUCGCCUCUGCCCCUCAAGCGCAAGCACGUCUCUGAGGAUACCGUCAUCGCCGGACUGAGCCCGAGCGGCUCUGGCCUGCCGCUGCUCAAGGACAGGAGGCACGCCCAGUUCCUGCAGGCGCGCAGGCAGAUGGUCGACAAGCUCGCCGUCGCCGGCAAGGACCGAGAGCGCGACUUCAACGCCCGCGUCAAUGCCGCCCGAGCCGCCGCCAUCGCCGACGUCCUCUUUGAGAGCCUCAUCGAGCUGCCGUCGGCCGAGCAGGUCUCGAGCUUGCUAUACACCUACAAGACCCAGGUCGAGCCCUUUGUCAACGUCGUCAUCACCGACAUCAACAUGGCGCGAUUCCAGAGCUUCCUGCGCUGGUGGCACUCGAAGCCCACCACGAUGCCGGCCGACCCGCCGCUGGUGCCGCUGCUGCUCGUCGUGCUCGCCCUGGCCCUCCAGACCCACCGCACGUCGAUGUCCUUCGACGGCAAGCCCCUGUCCAACGAGAAGCCCGUGCCCGGCUUCGAGUGCUCCGACGAGCGGACGCUGCUCGUCUCGGCCGGGCGCUGCCUCGACGCGCUCCAGAUCGCGUGCCCCUCGGCCUGGAGCAGCGCCUUCCAGGCUCCCAUCGACCUGAUCAAGGCCUCGCUGCUGCGCGGCAUCUGGCACAUGAACGAGCUCAACCUCCAGUUUGCCGGCACCUGCUUCGCCAUCACCACCCGCCUUGCCUACGCUGCCGGCCUCCAUCGCGACCCCAAGCACUGGUCCGGCAUGCGCAUCGAGGAGGCGCAGGCGCGUAGGAACCUAUGGUGGAACAUUGUCUUUUUCGAGGUGGCCCAUGCCCACCGCCUCGGACAGCCGCCGUGCCUGUCGCACGAAGGCUUCGACACCGGCUACCCGGACGACUACGAUGCCCUCUACGCCCUCUACGAGCGGGCAGGCCUGGCCGACCCCGACCCGAGCCGCGUCAUCCUGCCGGCCGGCCACAAGGCCUUGAUCCCGUGCACCCCGACGCGCAACAACUUCGACUACCACUGGGCUCGCUUCCGCAUCUACCACAUCUUCCUCCGCCAGAGCCAGCAGCUCUUCCGCUUCGGCAUCUCGUCGCCGCCCGACCCCAACCUGAUCGACGACUACACGCGCUGGAAGGAGCUGCUGCCGCAGCACUUCAAAGACCACUUUGCCAAGCGCGAGCAGGGUGCCGUCCGCCCCUCGGACGAGUGCCUCGCCAAGAUUGGCGCUCCGCAGCCCGUCAAGGGCAACUACGACCCUCACGGCUACGAGGAGUACGAGUCGUACCUGCAGGGCUACAACCUCGAGUUCAUGUACCACCAGAGCAUGAUCACGAUCCACAGGCCCUACAUCGACGAGCAGGGCGCGUGGAAGCCGCCGGGCUCGGUGCAGAAGAGCCUCGAGGUGUGCCUCAGCUCGGCCGAGGCCAUCAUCGCCACCGUCAGCGAUGUCCUGGCCGUCGAGCCGCCGUUCUCGAUGUUCAACAACUGCGCCUACUUUAGCUUCAACGCCGGGCUGGUGCUGGCCAUCCACUGCAAGCUGGAUCCGUCCAGCCAGAAGCAUCGACCCUCGCUCCGCGCCGCCAUGGUCAACCUGCAGCUCCUCGCCGACAUGGCGCGGCUCGGCAACAUUGCCGAGCAAGCGGGUCGCUACUGCAACACGCUCAAGCAGAUGCUCCAGGGCAGCGGCGGCGACCUGGCCCGCCUCGCAGCCUCCAUCACCGACGCAGCCCAGGACACAUCCGAGAUUGUGCAGGGCGGCGACACGAGCGGCGUCGUUGGCGCCCUCGAUCCUUCGCUGCAGGGCGAUGAUGCCGCUGGCCCCAACGGGACCGACAACGCCUCGGGCGAUGGCAAUCAGCCAGAGGGUGCCGGAGGCGCGACCGCAGCUGGUGGCUCCGACGAUAAGGCAUCGCACGAGGGUGAUGGCUUCCCAGAGACGUUCCCUGCCUAUCUGCUGCCGUUUGUCGGCCUGCCUCCGGACAUGUCGAACCUCGGACCCCAGGCCGACUACUGGUCAAUGGCCGGCUCGGCGUCGGGUCUGCCGUUCGACUUUGCACUGCCGGCGGCCGGCUCGUCUCAAUCGUCGCAGGUGCCAGGCCAGGCGGACUCGCAGGGCGUACCGCAAUCGGAAGCCACGGCGUCCAGCGACCACUGGGAUCAGCAGCAGCAUCAACAGCACCAGCCGGUCGACGAGGGCGCCGCGCACCCCGCGACGACCGAGUCCCACCCUCCGAUGGACGAGCCUUCUUCCUCGGCGACCCAGUCCCAGUCGGCCGUCGCGGCCGAACAGACGGCAGCGGAGCAGUACCAGAGCCUCUACGAGCUCUUUGCGAGUCGAAACGACGAUGCAACCCGGGGCACCGAGGUCUCGCACCUGCCCGAUCGACCGAUGUCGUUUUCGCAGCACUACAACCACCAGGCGCCCGCCAAGAGCCUGCAGACGCAGGAGCUGGCCCACUCGGCGGGCAACGGCCACGACGAGCGGCUGCUGGGCGCCAACCUGCUGUCCAAGUUCUACGAGCAGACGCAGCAGCAGAGCGCCACCCGAUCCACGGCCGGCGGCGGCGGCGGCGGCGGCGACGCCGAGUCGAGCGACCGCACCGACGCCGGCAUGACGCUCGAUGCCGUGGCCAGCGCCGCCGAGUCCGCGGGAGGCACCGCGGCCAUCAACGUGCCCAAUGCCGAGGGCUACGACAAGCAGCAGGCCGAGCAGCAGCCGCAGCAGCCCGGCGACUCGGCCGCGCCCACGUCCGAGGCGCAGCAGCUCGACACGCAGGAGCACAACAACACCAUCGCCGGCGUCUGGUAUGCUCUCGAAAACUUCAGCCAGAUGCUCAACAACAGGCAAUAG